AUGGUAUUGCAGGAUAUAAAUAGACCAUCAAUAAGUGAUUUUUAUAAUGGACGAAGUGUUUUUGUUACUGGUGGAACUGGAUUCUUGGGAAAAUUAGUUGUUGAAAAGCUUUUAAGAUCCUGUCCAGGAAUUGAAAAUAUUUACUUCCUAAUUCGGUCAAGACAUAAUAAAAAUAUUAAAGAUAGACACUUGAAAGUUGUGAAUUCACCAGCCUUUGACUUGAUUCGUGAAAAAAAUCCAGAAGCAUUGAAAAAAAUUGUUUUAAUUGAAGGAGAUGUUUCAUGUCUGGAACUGGGAAUUUCAAAGGCUGAACAAGAAGUUUUAUUUGAAAAAGUGUCAGUAGUGAUUCAUACAGCCGCUUCUGUGGCUUUAAAUGAUUCGUUAAAAAAGGCUGUGCUAACAAAUUUGAGAUCAUUGAGGGAGCUGAUCAAAUUGGCUCAUCAAAUGAAGAACUUGAAGUCGAUGAUUCACACCUCAACUGCAUAUUGUAACUUAAUAUUGCCAGAAAUCAAGGAACAAAUUCAUCCAAUUGAUAUUGAUCCUCAUGCUGUCAUCCACUUAUGUGAAAAUUUUCCAGAUGAAGUUUUAAAAGAGUUUACAACAACACUGCUAAAAAAUCAUCAAAAUACUUAUGUCUUUGCUAAAGCAUUGGCUGAAAUUUUAAUUACAAAAGAUGCCAAAGAUUUACCGAUUGCCAUCGUUCGUCCAUCAAUUAAUGCUGUUGCAAGAGGAAUGUUUUGUUCCGGUUAUUUUGCCAAAGAUGCUCUGUGUGAUGUAGUUCCAGCUGAUAUGGUUGUAAACACGAUCAUCGCCGCAUCAUGGACUGUUACAAGAGAAAAAACAACUUUUUGUGAUGAUUCUCCUAUAAAGGUCUAUAACAGCGUAUCUGGUGAUGCACAUCCAAUAACUUUUGAAAGCUUUGCUGAGCUAAGUGUAAACAUUGGAAAGACAUAUCCAUCAGCUAAGGUUGUCUGGUAUCCCGAAAUGAGAUGUUAUGAGUCAAAAUGGGCAUACGAAGUAGAUCAGUUCUUUACACAUUUGAUACCAGCAUACUUAACUGAUUUUUAUCAGAAACUAUCAGGAGGAAAGACAUUAGCUGUUAAGUUCUACACAACACACAAAAAAAUAUUCGAUGCCGCAAACUUUGUCGCCACACUUCCAUUUAAAUUCAAAUCCGAUAAAUGUGAGGAGUUAUUGAACUCGAUGGAAGAUUCACCAAACGAAGAAUUUUAUUUCGAUUUGAGAUCAAUGGACUGGAAAAGUUAUCAUCAUGACUUCUAUUUUGGAAUCAGGAAAUUCAUUUUGAAGGAACACAAUCUCGACUCAGUGAAGGGGAAGAAGAAACUUGUUAAGCUAAGGUCUAUGAAGUAUCUUCUGGGAUUGCUGUUGAUAGCAUUUGUAGUUCUUACUGUCUUAAAACUUAAUGAAUUUUUGUUUAAGCUUUAAUCAAUUUGGAUAUUAUUGGGGGUCUACUUAGUUUACUGAUAGUCAUGAUGCUGCC